AAAAGAAACAUCUUCCGUCCGUGGCUAAAGUUCAGCAAUAUGGCAGCUUAGGUGAAGAUGCUCAAUGUUAUGUGGCCAUGCUGGAAUCUGUUACGAUAUAAUAAUACUAUCCCACCUCAGUUCUUUAGGAUUUGACUGUAUGUUGUGCGCAGACGCUCACUGUUAAUCAUAGCUAGAUUUAAUCUUCAUCAUGUUGCGGGCUUUAUCAAGGAGUCCUGCUCCUGUAGUCCGUCUUCUCUCUCCUCGUACUGCUGUUUGGGUCGAGACUGUCAGGGGGAGAAAAUCUCGCACAGACCCCAAAGCCAAGUCAAAAUUGGGACGGAUCAAGACCCCCCCUCCCGUGGAUCCAGUAGAAAUGGUGGUACUGAAGGAGCGCUACACGGAGUACAAUCUGAUUUUAAGAGCCCUGCGACUUGAGUUCAAGGAGCAGAUGUUGAGGAAGAAAUACGAAGAGGAGGUUGGUUCUGUGGCAGAGGAGAGAACUAAAAGAGAGGAAGAAGAGCACCGGUCACUGAUGGCCUUGAAUGAUGCUGAAAACCUCAGAAUGCAUAAGAUACGAGAGCAACGCAUGCAGAAAGAGGCUGAGGCCGAGGAACUGAAGAAGAGAGAAGCAGACAUCUUACGCCAGCAAGAGCUGGAGAACUACAUUAAAGAAAAAGAAAGGCAGAUUCUUCAGCUACAGGAAGAGGCGAAGGACUUCAUCACACUGGACAAUCUAGAUCAGCGUAUUGAAGAGGCUCUUGACAACCCGAAAAACUACAAUUUCGCCAUUGAUAAAGAAGGACGUGUUGUCAAACGAACUGCAUUUCAGCGAUAAAUACAGGAUUUCCAAUAACAAAAAAACCCUGCAAUGUACAUAAAAUAUAUAUACUGUCAGUGUCAUCUUUUAAACUGUUUCUCAAAACAUAUGCACAUGUGCUUUGUUUUCUGCCCUCUGCAAGUGUUAUGAGAGUGUCACUGGAAGUAGUGAGUGUGUGUUUAUGUACUGUUUGAGGAACUCAUUUUCAGUACUAAAGUCUCUUGGAACAUCUAGAAAUGUCCAGUGAGGGAUAUGGUGUGUGCUGAAUUAAUUCUAACUAACUUAAAUGAAAAACAGUGGAAGUGCCAAAAAAACGCAGCCAUAACAAUUAAACAUUACACAGUACAUGUUAGCAAGAGACGAUGGAUGCGCUCCAUUCAGAAGUGAUCAUUCCUAUGCCCUCCACAAUAAGAAAGAGUUAGAAGGGUGUAGAUCUCAAAAAUAAUUGACAGCUGUUAUCAGGUUUUCUGUGGAACGUUAAUGUGUACUAUUUUAAGAUGUUUGGUUCCAGCAAUUUCAAUGAAUAGAUAUUAAGUAGAACA